CUGGUCUCGGUGGAUCUGCUCCUGGAUAGGGGUACCAGGGCAAGUGGCUAACUAGUUUAUCCUGUCAGCAUGGGGUCUGGCUCCUCCUCCUAUGCUCCCAAAACCAUCUAUUUGGAUGUAGAUGGUAAAGUUCAGAAGGUGCUUUUCAGUCGUCACUGCAGCCCAUGUGAUAUUAAAGAACUGCUGUGUUCCUCCUCCAACAUCCCUAGGAACACUGCUAUAAUGAUGGUGAACCCUGAAGGUGCACUUGUGUCCAUUGAUCCCACAAUGCCCACCAACACCCCCAACUCCCUGUACAAGGUAAUUCCUUCGUCUGCUGGCCAGCUGGGAGAAAAGGAAGAUAUGUUUCAGACUGUAAUCUCACAGGUAGCAGAGCAGUUCAGCAGAGCAUUCAGGAUCAACGAACUAAAAACGGAAGUGACCAACAGACUGGCAAUGCUGGAGAAGAGAGUAGAACUGGAGGGGUUAAAGGUCAUAGAGAUCGAAAAGUGCAAAAACGAUUUGAAGAAGCUGAGAGAUGAGAUGACUUCCAGAGCAGGAGGAAGAGUAAAUUGUCCAUGCAAAUACAAUUUCUCAGACGAUGGAAAGAAAUUAACUCCUAGACGUGACGUCCCCAGCUACCCAAAGUACACACUUUCUCAGGAGACCAUUGAAGCGCUGAAGAAACCAACCUUUGAUGUGUGGCACUGGGAACAUAAUGAAAUGCUGAGCUGCCUGGAGUACAUGUACCAUGACUUAGGCCUCGUGAAGGAGUUUAACAUGAACCCGAUUACUCUCAAACGCUGGCUGCUGGGCAUUCAGGAAAAUUACCGCAGCAACCCGUUCCAUAAUUUCCGGCAUUGUUUCUGUGUGAGUCAGAUGAUGUAUGGCAUGAUCCACCUCUGCAACCUUCAGGAAAAGCUCACGCUGACAGAUCUGGGCAUUUUAAUGACUGCUGCUGUGUGUCACGACUUAGACCACCCUGGAUACAACAACACGUACCAGAUCAAUGCUCGUACUGAGUUGGCAGUGCGCUACAACGACAUCUCGCCCCUGGAGAAUCACCACUGCGCUGUGGCCUUCCAGAUACUCUCACUGCCGGAGUGUAAUAUAUUUGCAAAUGUGGACCCGGAGGCUUUUAAAAAGAUCAGACAGGCUAUCAUCACACUGAUUUUGGCCACGGACAUGGCCCGGCAUGGAGAGAUUCUGGACUCGUUCAAGCAUAAAGUGGACAAUUUUGACUUCACCAAUGAAGAGCAUGUGACUUGCCUGAAGAUGGUUCUUAUCAAAUGCUGUGACAUUUCCAAUGAAGUCCGGCCUACAGAGGUGGCAGAGCCGUGGGUGGACUGUCUGCUGGAGGAAUAUUUCAUACAGAGUGAUAGAGAGAAAUCUGAGGGGCUUCCUGUGGCAGCCUUCAUGGACAGAGACAAAGUCACCAAGCCCACAGCCCAGAUUGGCUUCAUUAAAUUUGUUCUCAUCCCCAUGUUUGAAACUGUCAUGAAGCUCUUUCCUCAGAUUGAAGAGAUUAUGGUGCAGCCUCUCAGAGACUCACGGGACCAUUAUGAGGAGCUGAAGCAAAUUGAUGAUGCCAUGUCCGAGGCACAGAAGAAAAAAUCAGAAAAUAUGUCAUUAGGAGGGAAGAAGAAAUAAGCACUGCUGUGAGCAUAAUAUUUGAUCCAUUAUACAGAGUCUGUUUUUUGACGCGUCUGCACUGUGUGGACAGAGUUCUGGCGCGAGGAUCUGGGAGACGCUGGGCUGCUGUUGAAGACGGCUGGUUUGAAUCCACUGAAUCUAAAGGGUCACCUGUUUGACUCACAAUAUCACAAGUUGAUUCCUUGUGCCAACAGACUGCCAGUCCAGUCUGAUUAUUUCUUUUUUGUCAACCCUUUUGGCUGACAUGGGCAUAUAUAUUUAUCACUGCAGUUUUAGUCCUGUUUGUUUUGUUCUGUUUUACAGUGUUCAAUGGAAACAUUGCAUUUCUAUUGCAUGCAAAUACAUAAUAUGUAGUCAUCUAAAAGAUUUGUGAUCUCAAAGCAAUUUGGAGAUCGAAUUACAGCAUAACGUGUGAACAUACCUAGUGCCUUUUGAAAAUAUGUUUUGAUGAAUAUAAUGGUCAGUACGAUAUGAUACGGUUCCUUUUAUCAACCUUUCCUCUCCUGAGUUCCUCCAGAACACAGCAUUUCACAUUUUAGGUGGUUUUGUGGUGAGCACAAUACCACUGUAAAUCUGAACAGCAGCUUUCCAGGAACCUGAGAACUCCCUCUGCAGGGAUUUGAUUCGGUUUCCCAUUAUUUAUUUGGUUAUUGAGAUUUUAAAUCAAUGCAUUUGCACUAGAACAUCCAGAUAGAUGAUACACUUGAAAGGAAAAUUAGAUCAUAAUAUACACACCCUCGUGACUUUUUCCCUACAGAACAUAAAAGAAAAUACGUUGAAAAAUUUCUCAGUCCUGAUUUUCAUUGUGUGGACAGUUGAAACAUUCUUUAAAAUAUAUAUAUUUUUUAUGAUUUCUUACACAUUUGUAACAACUUGAAGGAGAGUAAAUAGCAGAAUUAAAAAUGUUGGGUCAUCAUCCAUUUAAAUUAUUCAAUUUCUUCUUUUGCUGUCUGAAAGUUCACACCAGAAGUCAUGCCUUGCUUACCACGUUCUAUAUUUGUACCCUUCAGCUCAAUGUUC